AGAAGGUCGAAAGGUAAUUGUUUCUCAUAUUUAUGAUGUGGUGAUUUCAGUAAAAGUAGCAAUUGUCAUUAGGUUAGGUAACCACUCUGAAGCUAAAAAUCUUCGUCCCAGUAUCACUAGAUAGUCUGUAGUCUGAUCAAGGAAUAAUUAAAGGAUUUUUAGUUGUCUGAUGUGACUAGUGACUACACAAUAGAUUGAGCAGGAAUAUUGUAGCACAAUUUUGAUAGAAGCUACAUACAGUUGUAAAAUGUAGUGGAGUACAAAAAUAAUAAAUACAAUUACUUUAUGGCAGUGUGACAACAAAUAUUGAAACAAGUGGUUUGACGGUACCGUAACUCGUGUCGUGAUAAUUGGGCAAAUAGACGUAAAAUAACAAUUUAAACGUAAGACGAGUAGUAACUAAAUUAAUAAGUCUCCCUCCUUCAGCAGAAAUUAUAGAUAUUAUUACUGAUAAAUUGUAAUCGUGUUAUAGUAAAUAAUGAUAAUUAUUCGUAUUGCAGUUAUGUUUUGUACUUUAAUUGUACCGAUAUACCCUGCUUCAUUUUUUGAUGAAUUUCGCGGAGCUGUAUCGUCAGUCGAAGAUAGUUUUGGCAAGUUGGUGAGUGACGUUGUUACUGAUGUAUCAGAAACUAUAGGAUGUACUAUAUUGGCAGUAAAACAAGUAUUGUCUUUAAAUCCGGUGUUUCAUGAAACUUCUGAUUAUGAUAAGAGAUGUCGAGGGUCGACAGAUCAAAGUACGGUGACUGAAGUAAAUACCAGUUUUUCGCCGCAAAUCAAGAUUGGUAAUGUUAAUGAAAGAUAUUUAUCUGACGGACUAUCUCAACAAAUAAAAGAGUCCAUUGUGCAAGCUAACGAAACUGGAUUCAAUUUAAUAGAAAGACACGAUGCUCAUAAAAAAAUAGAGACCAUGGAAGGCAUACUUCAAAAUGAAAAAAAUCGUUUGCUGGAAAUAAGUAAUUUGUUUAAACGUGGAUUCGAUCAUAUGCCGCAUGAAAUAAGAAUAAAAUUCCAUAAUAAGCAUUCAACUUCGGAUGAACCUACAAUUGAAAGUAUUUGGCGUGAUUUAAAAAUUUUACGUGAAAUUGAACAUAACAACAAAAAUAGUCAAGAAGCUAAGGAAGUUCGUCAUGUUCUCGAUGAAGCUUUAGACAUUUUAAAUUUAAACAAACCUGAUGUCAAUACGUCAGAUGAUGAUAAAAUCAAAAAUAUUGUAAGCGAUUUAGAAAGUGAAUCAAAUAGAACUUUAAAUAAUGUAGAAAACCAAUUUCAACAAUGGAAAAAAGAUGAACAUAUAGAAAAUGUUGAUAUUGAAGAUGUUACCAAAAAUGAAGAAGAAAAUAAUGUACCCCACGUUUUUAAAGAUUUUGAUUAUAAACUAACACACGAUAAAAAUAAACAAGAACUAGAGGAAUCUUCGGAAUCAAGCAAAGAUAAAAUUGAUAUUAACGAUUUUUUCAAACUAUUUGGACAGGACAGUAAAUCCAAGAAGGAAGCAGCAGAAGAUGCUACUCGGUUUGUCGAAAGUACGAAACAUACAGAUACUGUUUUAAAUGAAUAUUUCAAAAAGAAUAAAGAUGUCGGUGUUAGUGUUUUUGAUAAUCCGGAACUUUUUAAUUUUGAUUAAUAAUUGGUUAUAUAU